GGUUUUUCAUGUGAUUACGCAUUCAAAGAGCAAGAAAGUUUAGAUAGGAUUUUUCUUCACCUGCGAAGACAUUGGUUUCGCAGAAUUACGGGACUUUUUGGAAUCAUUUCUCGGUUAAAACGGGCAAUCGUCGUGAGUGAUUUUCUAAAUUUUUUGUGUUUUUGAUUAGCUGGUGGAUUGGUUCUUUGUUGAAGGUGCUCUCUCUAAACGCCAUUAUUCCUGCGAUGGGGGUUUUGUGAAGGGGAUUAAAUCUAACAAAUCAUUUGGAUUAAUCCGUCGUUUUGGGUGAAAUUGCGGUAUCUUAGCGAAGUGUAAUGGUGGCCAGCGAAGAGGCCCACGAAUAUAUUUUCAUGGGAAGAAGGAAAAUAGUUAAAAAAAAAACAUCACAACAAUUCGGCGAGUUUGUGAGCAUCAGCAGGUUAUCGAAAAAACAUUGUUCGUGCGGUGCUUGAGCUAGUCAUUUCGAACGAACAGCAGCAACAUGGAAAGAAACGCCCGGUGGUGGUCCUUCCGAAAAUUACGUCAUUGAGUGAAAGAAGAAGAAGGAAUAAAAAACACCAUCCGCGUUGCAAGAAAAUACCUUGCAAGUUACUAGAAGACACCUCCAACCCAUCAUUUGAUCGUGGUACAUACAAGUGUUUUGUAAGCAGCCCAUCGCAUCAUCAUCAUCAUCAGCGGUUCGUCAAAGUGUUUUUGGGGAUUUUUUUUCUGCUAAAAGAAGAGGUGAAAAUCCGGCCUCCCCCCGUCGUUGUUGUGGCACGUGAGAUCCGGCCAUCAAUUUGUUGGCUUCGUACCCAAAUAUACAGAUCUACUAUUCAGAUUAUUUCGUCAAGUGCAAGUGUUGUUGUUGGGGUGGGUUAAGUGAAAUUUGUUUGUGUACAAAUUGAAAUGGCCCUUUCACCAGACCCGUACGAGCAACGGCUCUAUCAGAUGUUCCAAGCGCACGACGUCGAUUCCUGUGGCCGGUUGGAUCGGGAAGCGCUUCUGAAACUGUGCCAUACGCUGGAACUGCAGGAACGCAGCCAACAGUUAGUGCAGUAUGUGUUGCUCAGCAAAGAUAGGCAACGUGCUACAUUCAAAGAGUUUCGCGAGGGUUUACUGUACAUCCUGAACGACGACGAGGAACAUCAUCAAGGUGCCGGCAAAUGUGAUGUUGGCACGGGUGAAGUCGAGCAGCGAACCGGCAGCAACAGCAGCACAGAUGCGACUGAAAAUGGCCAGAACAUUCCGUCAGAAUCGCCCACGGCAGCAACUUUACCGAGUGGAGGCGGAAGUGAUAAUUCAAAUGCAGCAACGAGCCCGACUAGUAUAAGACUCUCAUCGAAGAAACGGCCUCCACACCUAACCUGUCGAAUUAGUAACUCAUCAUCGCCAACUAAUGCGGCCGUAGUAGAAACGGCCGAUGGCCAAUCGGUGAUCAUUGGAAGUGGCAACCAGAAAAAGAUGGCACCAUCCGGGGAUUCGGUAUCAUCGAGUAUGCAGCUCACCACAACAACAACAACGGGUCAGCAUUCCGAUAAUGAUGAUGAGCACGUAUCAUCAGAUCGGGAAGUGUCGCCCAAGUUUGUGGUUGGGACGAAAAAAUACGGCCGUCGAUCGCGUCCCCGAACCGAUGACUGCAACGGACUGGACAGUGGCUCGGAUGUCAGCAACUCGGACAACGAAUCUGUUCCCCAACAGCAGCAGCAGCAGCAAAGCUCCACCGAAGAUGGUAAAAACAAUUCCUCCAAACAAGUGCAGCGAUCCGCAUCCCAGAGCGAUAUACACGGUUCUAAACGAAAGCGCCCCCUAGGCGUCAACAGGCUGAAACGAUGUGCCUCUCUACCGACUCAUCGACAGCGGCCAGACCUUGUUAAUCGAACGCUCAUAAACACGAAAAACGUUCGCGAUCAGCUGAACAUGGAUGAGACGAUCGAUAAAAAGAUUUACUUUAUGCGUUUGUCGGAAAACCUGCGGGAGGUUUGGGACUCGCUCCUGGAUGGCGGCCACGGAGAUCUGCUCAAUCGAGGCCAGCUGGAGGUGGUCUGCGAACGGGUUGGCCUGCAGAAGCUUCCGGCUAAGCUCGCGGCCCAGGAAGUGUUCACCAAACUUUCCCUCCAGCCGAUCGAGGGUAUCAGCUUCGAUGAGUUCAUAUCGCUGCUACAAAGUGAUUCGGAUAUUUUACCGAUUGGGGGCGGCAUCAACAACGGGGGCAUUGAGGGUGGCGGAGUUUCGCCGAUGCGCCGCUUAUACGACGAAAGUGACACCUUCAAGGCUCAGGAGUUGGAUCGCGAUAGCGUCGAGGAAACGGUCGGUUUUACGGUUCGAAUGCCCGAUUGGACGGCGGAAAUCGGUUCCCUGUCGGCGGCCAUCAUCUUGGACAUGUGGGAAUCGGCGGGCAUCGUGGAACCGCGGGCUCUGCUGCACGAGCUCGGGUUCUACGGAGCGGAAAUCCAGGUGGCUGAUCUGGUGACUGCCCUUGAGGACGAACAGCAGCGGCUUGGCGAUGGCGGUGACACCUCGUCGAUUAUGCGCGCCCUGCUCGCGCUGCACAAAGCGGAAGUCGCGGCCCUAAGGCAGGCCUUCGUACAGCUGGUCGACGAGAACAAGAAGCUUUACUCGGACAACAAGGAGGUUAACCAGAGGGCCGUUCUGCUGGCGCAAGAAAUCGACGAACGGCACAACUCGCUGGAAACGUCUACGCGCAACAAGAUCCGGCUGCUGGAGCAACGCCAUCACGAAACCGUGAAGGAGAUGACGGAGCAGUUGGCACUGGAACGGGAGCAGCUAACCUGUGCCAAUGCGUUGCUCGAGAAGCGAAUACGGGCCCUGGAGGCGGAUGAGGGCCGGCUUAAGACUGAGAUGGGUAGGCUGAGUGAUGAGAAUGAUGGCUUGCGUGUAGAACAGGAAAGCUUGACUAAGGAGCUCACGGAAAUUUUAGAGAAGAACAUCAAGCUAAACCGGGAUAUCGCAGAGCUGGAGGAAAACAACCGUAACGAUUUCGAUGAUGAGAGCUUCGGUCGAAAAGAUGAUCGUGAAGUGCUGGAACUCAUCGAAAAGAUUUCGCUUUUGCAGAGUGAGAAUACGGAGUUACGCGAUAAGAGCGAUGAGCAAAGUGCCGAAAUUGAGAUGUUAAGUGCGGAACUAGCUAGAUUCAAGUUGAAGCGGAGUGUCGUCAAUAGGACCAGUUCUCUGGAAGUGUCCCCAGUGGUGGUUGAAGUAACCGGAGGGGUUGAUGAGAACGCUAGUGCUGCUCGGAAACGGCAGGGUGAUUCACCCAGCAAGGCACGGCUUUCGGAUGAAAGUCCUAGGUUGGGCAAAUUCCGAAAGUGUAGCAACGACACGGAAAACGAAUCGGACUCGAGUGGCGAUUGGAUGGCGCUCCAGUCGGAGUUGGGCAUUCGUGGAGACUGUGCAAUAAAUCCGGCUAGUGGUGUAACGAAAGAAGUGGAAGUUCGACAGUUGAAGAGCAGAAUUGUUGAGCUGGAGAAGAAAUUGGAAGAAAGAAAAGUGGCUGAAGGAACAACUGAACCAGAUGAGAAGGGUGCAACGGGCGGGGAUCAAGAUAAGUUCAAAGCUCGUUGUGCAGAACUGGAGGCAAGUUUAGAACAGAUGAGCAAAGAGUACGAAGCAUGUGAAGAUUAUUGGCAGGCGAAGGUUAACGAAGAGCGGCAGUUGUUUGAAGAGGAACAGCGGGUGUCAGAUGAUAAAUUUAACGAACUGUUGAAAAAGAUGGCUGAGCUGGAGGAGCAGUUUGCCGGACAAGGUGGAAGUAAGAGUGAGGAUGGGCGACUUUCGCCUAUCGAAGAGAAGGAUAUACUGGAGCAACAGUAUCUUGACCUGGAACUGGAGCUACAGCAAUCUCAACUAAUGCUCGAAGAAAAAACACACGAGGUGGACAAACUUCGCAACAGGAUUCUGGAGCUGGAAAAGAGAAACAAAUACCAUUCGGAUGCUCUUUUAUCCUCUUCACCUCGCGUAGCUUCACCGGAAAUGGACAGCCCGGCCAGUUCACCGAUCAGCUAUUUGUGGAACCAGAGCACCAUUCAAGCACCAGUAGCGGCCCGAGAUUAUCACAAUCCUAACUGGUGCCAGCAGCUAAAACUCAGCAGCACUCAAAUCGAGAUAACCCGUAAUGGGACAGAAAGCGAAGAAAAGCUGAGCAGUUCCCUGUCGUCGAUUCCAACUGCUGCUCGAUCCAGCGCCGACGAUCAUCAUUUGCUAAGCGUACCGGGCGAUGCUGGUGCUGGGGAAGACUUAGCCGCGGGUGGUUUCAGUCGAACGAUUUCACCGAUCCAAAAACCUAUCGCGGCGCCCACCGCCAUCACUUCUUCGAUGACGGACGUCGGUUCCUGCGGUGCCGUUGCCGACAAUCAGGAUCUGGUGGACUGUUCGGAUGUGUGCUCGGUCAAAUCGGUCAAGAGUACCCACAGCUUGGCGUCCACUUAUAGCAUCCACAAAUCCGUGUCGCAAACGGACGUAGCCAUGGCCAGCCAGGAGCAGCUGAAACAGCUCCACCAGCUGCAGGAAGAAAUCAAGGACCUCACGCAUCAGCGCGACUGUCUCAAGGUGGAGUUCCAGCAGCUGAACGAGGUGAAACCCAUCCUAGCCCGAGGCCAUCCCAAUCUGGGCCAGAAGGUGCAUCAUUUGGAACAGAAAAAUCGGCAACUCCAAGCCAUGCUCAAGCAGCAACAGGUCUACUCGGAGCAGUUCAUGCAUCAAAUUUGGCAACAGCAGCGGGGUGAAGUCAGCGAAUUGCGGAACCGGCUGGAAGCGCAGAAUAUACUGAUCACUGAGCAGGCCAAUCGGCUCACCAAUAACGAUAUUCUGGUUAAGGAGCUGUACGUGGAAAACUCACACUUGGUGGCCCAGGUUCAGCGGCUAGAGCAGCAGAAGGCCCGGGCCAAUCUGUUGCAGCAGCUUUCCCAGGCUUCGGCCCAAGCAGCAGCCGCCGCCGCCCAGCAUCCUCAUCACCACCAGGCGGCCCAGCUUAGCGGAAUGGUUCCGGGGCUACCCUAGCUAGGCGGGACCGAACAGACUACAGGCCAGGGCUACAUAGGUGGUGCGAGGCUACCUUUUUUUAACGUGUCAUAAACCGUAUUUUAUUUGCAUCCCAAAUGGUUUGCAAGCUGUCGUGGAUAGUUUAUGUCCACACGCAGCGGUAACUUUCAUUUUUUUUGCUGCGUGUGUCUUCAUCGUCGCCGAGGUCGCCGUGUUGAAUUGUGAGAAACUAAACAAACGAAUUUUUUUUAACUAAUACGCACCAAAAACAUUAAGAAAAUAGGAUUCAACUGCGAAGUUCCAUGUAAAGGCAUCCUUACCUCCUCGUGCAACUAAUAAGUAGUUACUAUUUAAAUUCCUGUUACGUGUAAAUAUGCAAAUGAGCACUCGAGGGUAGCAAAGCCAGCUCAGGGUGCAAUGGAAUCGCCGAAGGUUUUCCCGAUAAAACAGAACUAAAACCAAGCAUCAAUACAAUUGGUUCCAAACACAUUCAAAGCUGAAAACUUCGUGCUGAUUUGCUGAUCUAAAGCCGUUUUUGCAACUUUCAGGUUUUAAAGCUUGAACGAUUUAUAGGGUAAACAACAAAGUUAGUGAAAAUCAUACUAGUGUUAACGAAAAUUUCUAGUACAUGUUAAUUGAAGUGAACUAAUAUAUUUAUUACAUUUUUUUUUUGAAAAAUGAAGAACAAAACGCAAACUCCUCUGAUCGAAAGUCGAUAUUCAACGGGAAAAAGGUUGAUUAACUGUACGUAGACUAGAACACACAAAAAAAAAACAAACUCUCCUCGUCACAUUUAUACUCACAUUUCAACUUUAUAAAUCUGACUGUAGGUCUGUAUUUUCACUCAUCUCAAUCCUUUCUCCUAAACCUAUCGCUAAAAAAUCUUUUCGCAAGGCACUAAACUUUAGAAGGAAGAGAUCCUUUACGAUGACUAGUCUGAAUAUUGAUGCAUCUUAGCUUAUUGAUUGACUGAACCCUGGUGAUUCCACUUGGAAAAUUAAAGAUGCGCAGUCUGAGUACCAAGAAACUUUUUCCAUUUUUCCAUAUUGAUUAAACUAGCAAAUGAAAGCGGAAUUUUUUAGUUCCGAACUAUUUAUACAACCUUCAUAAAUCCUAAACAUAUGGAAAAGAUCUUAUCAAAUCGGUAUCUUGCUAGGAUAAACGUGCU